AAUUGAAUGUUUAUUAAAUUUAUUAUUUUAUAAAGAAGUUUACAGGUAAUAAUUAGACAAAAGUGAAGUGAAUAUUAAUAUGACCACUGUUACUUCACCGUCCGUAGAAUUAAGUUCGUACCGGGAUCAACAUUUUAAGGGGUCUCGGAGUGAACAAGAUCGUCUCUUAAGAACAUCAUCAACCCUCUACGUAGGCAAUUUAUCCUUUUACACAACUGAAGAGCAAAUAUUCGAAUUGUUUUCAAAAUGUGGAGACGUCCGAAGAGUUAUUAUGGGUUUAGAUAAAUAUAAAAAGACACCUUGCGGUUUUUGCUUUAAGUUUGCAGGUAAUAAUUAG